AUGUUCCCGGCCGAUCAUCUCCGCGACUACGCCCUGGCCUUUGCUGGCGCCAGCUCGUCGGAGCAGAUGCCGGUCGUGGAUCUCGAUAUGGAGACGCCGGUCGUGCUGGUCACCCGUGAACGCGGCGAGCACUUUAAUUGGUACCACUCGACGACCGACCUUGUCAACGCCUUUAUCAGCUGCUAUGUCAACGGCUGGGAUCCGGCUGAAGUCGAUGUUGUCUUUCUCGACAACCACAAGUCCGGGCCAUAUGACCAUCUCUGGGCACGUCUCUUCCGCAAGCUCGUCCGCACGUCGACGUUCUACAAUGACGCUAUGCGGCUUGCCGGCGGCAAGGUCGUUCGCUUUGCGCGCGCUGCUCUCUCGCCGCCUGGCUACACCUCGAUCUUUUUUGACAAGAACCCGCAGUGCACCGGCGGGGUCGGGCUUCUCCGUGCCUACGCUACCUAUGUUCUCAACGGUCUCGGGCUUCAAAUGCGCGACCUGACCGGUGCGCCAAAGUCGACUCCGCUGCGAAUCACCUUUAUCUCACGCCGGCCGUACCACUCGUUUGUCGACCACUCGUUCAUGGGUCGCCAAAUCGCCAACGAGGCCGAGCUGGUCGACAUGCUGCGCAACGCCACAGAGGCGAAGCCGCGCUCGCAUCGCCGAGUGGUGCAAUCGCCACCGCCACCACCGUCGCCGCGCAGCCUCCGCACACGGCCGGUGGUUGUUGACGUCGUCGACUUUUCGCAGUACGCCUUUUCCAACCAGCUUGACAUUGUCUCGCAGACUGAUGUCCUGGUGGGCAUGCAUGGCGCUGCGCUCACACACUCGCUCUUCCUCCCCGAUCAUGCAGCCCUCGUCGAGCUGCGGCCGGUCGGCGACUCGCCGCCGAUGUACGCGAGGACUUCGCAAUGGUCAGGCAUCCACUACGCGUCGUGGACCAACACCGCGUUUCCGGCCAACCACAUCAAGGAUGAGAAUGGCGACUACACCACGAUCGAUCUUGAGGAGCUCCGCGAGAUCAUGGCUGAGGUCAUCGACGUCGUCAUCGGGCGAAUCGAGGACGACUGAGCUUCAGAGCCGUCCGUCAAACCAUCGCGACACGUCGUGUUUUACUACUCGGUAUUGCCCUGGGUAAUGUUGUAGAUCGAUGCUGCCGUUGCAGCGAUGCCAAACGAGGUGCCGAGAAUGAGGACUGC